AUGUCUUCAAUGCGAAAUGCCGUCCAUAGACGGCAGCACCGAGAACGAGGCCAACUCGAAGGCCGUGAAAAAUGGGGUAUUCUCGAAAAGCACAAGGACUACUCCCUCCGCGCCAAAGACUACAACCUCAAACAACAAAAACUCCAACGCCUGCGCGAAAAGGCUCGCGAUCGCAACCCCGAUGAAUUCGCAUAUGGUAUGCUAUCAUCCAAAACUGCGCAACAAGGUAAACAUGGUUCGCGCGAGGGGACGUCGUUGAGUCAGGAUACGGUCAAGUUACUCAAGACGCAGGACGCGGGUUAUUUGAGGACUGUGGGGGAGAGGAUACGGAGGGAGAUGGAGAGACUGGAGAAGGAAGUGCAAUUGCAGGAUGGAAUGGAGAAGGUUUUGGGUGGUGGGAAUAAUAAGCAUCUCUCUAGCGAGGACGAGGACGAGGAUGAGGACAUGUUUAGCACUGAGACUAAGAGACGCAAGGUUGUUUUUACGGAGAGUCGGGAGGAUCAGAAAGAAUUGGGCCGUGGGCUUGAUGAAGUCGACGAGGAGGAGGAUGACGAGGAGGUGGACGAAGAUGACGAUGAAGCAUUCGGCACCCAACUACAGAAACAACAGCAGAAACAACCAACAAAAAAGGAACUAGAGGCCCAACGAAAAGCUCUCACACAAGCCCGUGCCGCCAGAAAACUCAAACGUCGAGCCGCGGAAGCGCGUCGCAACAAAUUGGCUGCACUCAGGAAGCAGUAUGCUGAAAUCACGACUGCGGAGAGAGAACUCGACUUGCAGAGAGCGAAGAUGUCGAAUUCCGUGGGAGGUGUGAAUAAGAAGGGGGUUAAGUGGAAGAUUCGUGAACGAAAGAGGUGA